GUAAGACUGUGCAGAGAAGCCACAAUUAUGGGAAGCAAGUAGCAAUGCGGAGGUUGCCUUUGAUGCUAGAAUUUCACCUAAGAGAUUAACACACCUUCUCAAAUGAGGUGGGGAAGGUCAAGAAGGAAAACAAUUAAGUUUAUUAAGAAAGACUCUAAGUGGUAGGCUUACAGCAACUGAAGUCAUUCCUAAUUCAGAAAUUUCUUGUGGAUGAAGACACAUAUUUGGCAUAUCUAGCAUAUGUAAUUACUCAAAGUUACUGACUAAGGUAAUUUAUUGCCCAACAGUGAUAUGCUCCUAACCAUAAAGACACAGUAAAAUGAAAACCUCUUCGUUUACAUCAGGCAGCAGUCCCAGCACCUAGAAGAAAGACACUUCUGUAAUAGCUGCACCGGGAGCUUUUUAUGCUGUGCAACCCCAAAGCCAGGAAUGACCCAGAUGCUGGUGCUGCAAGACUCUUGCUGAUGCCUUUGGUGUUGUCUAGUUCGACACUGCAGUGCAAGGAACUUCAAUCACCACCGUAUUUUUUUACCAUUCCAUCUCAAUAGCUACACGGGGAAAAAGGAUGCGAACCUUUAAAAAAAACAAACAAACAAACAAAAAAAAAAAAGUAAGACCUCUUAAGAUCAAACCUCGGCAUGCUUAUUUAGUUACUGCAGCACGGAAUGAAGCUUUCUUCGGCAAAUAAAGGACAGCUCGUUAAGGAUUCCCUGUCUCCCUGCGGAGCGCUGCGGGCGGGGCCGUGCACUCGGGAGGCGGGCGAAGGGUCGGGGCUGGAGCUGGAGCAGGAGCUGGAGCUGGAGCAGGAGCAGGAGCAGGAGCAGGAGCAGGAGCAGGAGCAGGAGCAGGAGCAGGAGCAGGAGGCGAUGGCGGCCGCCGUCCCGCCGGGAGCCGCGGAGCUGCCGCAGCUGGCGGAAAAUCUGCUCGGCCGGCUGCAGGAGAAUUUUCAGGCUCUGACGGAAAAGUUAACCCUGAGAAUGGAAGAAAUGGGCGAGCGCAUCAGUGACCUUGAGAAGCGUGUUGCUGAUCUGAUGACAGAGGCUGGGGUAGAAAACAGCAAUGAAGAGUUGGGACUGAGUGCCAUAUGCAAGGCUAGUGCUAACUCACCCCAAGUGUGUAAACUGAGGCUGUCCAUUCAUAGUGAAAUGUGUGUGGCUUGA